AUGUCCGCCGUAGUCAGUGAACACAUUGAGGCUGUUCGCUUGUUAGUUGAUGCGGGGGCUGCUAUAGAAACAGAAACGUCUUGGGGAGAUUCAGCUUUAACUAUUGCUGCCCGUAAUGGGCUGGAAGAAAUCACCAACUUCUUGGCCGACAAAGGCGCUAUAUUGCCCCAAGGUCCAGCAGGAAGACGAGCUUCACGUGCAGCACCACGCAGAGGCUAUCACCAGCUAGUCAGGCGUCUAACUGCUGAUUAUAAUCGACUCGCGCAGCAGCCUCUUCAAAGGCAAACUCGAUCCCUUUUACGCAACUGCCAAACGUUACAGAGAACGAUGAAGGCGAUCGUGAAAUAG